GGGCCGUUUCCGCAAACCCGAGUCCGACACAACAACGCUGCUUGCCUGGAUCCUUUAGAGCUGACGAAUCACGAAUGUCUUGACAUUCAUUCCAUAUCUUUCAUUCAUCCAAAUCCCAACCCAGGAGUUUUUUACGACUGAUUCUGCUUGUCGCCGUCGCCGUCGCCGCCGAUCUUUGUUGCUUCCCUCAUAGGCAUUAGUUGGCAAGUUGCUAUGGCUGAUCAGCAUACAUCUGAAGGUCCAAGCACAAGUAAUGUAGGUAAUGUUUCCGAUGGAGGUUCUGAAUUGAGUCCAUCGGGUGUGAUUGGAGGUUCUGAAUCGAGUCCAUCGGGUGUGAUUGGAGGUUCUGAGUCGAGUCCAUCGGGUGUGAUUGGAGGUUCUGAAUCGAGUCCAUCGACUGUGAUUGGAGGUUCUGAAUCGAGUCCAUCGACUGUGAUUGGAGGUUCUGAAUCGAGUCCAUCGACUGUGAUUGGAGGUUCUGAAUCGAGUCCAUCGACUGUGAAUAUCAAUAUCAAGACCUUAGAUUCCAGAACUUAUGCCUUUGACGUGGACAAGAACAUGCAAGUUUCUGCCUUAAAGGAAAAAGUAGCAACUGAAACUGGUGUCCCUGUUGCACAACAGCGCCUUAUUUUCAGGGGGAAGGCCCUGAUGGAUGAUCACAUUCUUUCUGAAUAUCAUUUGGAAAAUGGAGAUACAUUGCACUUGGUGAUAAGACAGCCUUCUCAAUCACAAUUGUCAUCUUCUGUUGGCACUGGGGAAACUACUCCAGACAAUGGUCUUAGAGGUCAAGAGCCUACUACUGGUGCGCCACGCAAUCGUAUUGGGCAAGUUUCACACAGUGUGGUGCUAGGCACUAUCAAUGUUGGUGAGCAAGGGGAUGGACUUGUACCAGAUUUAAAUCGGGUUAUUGGGGCAGUUUUAAACUCUAUUGGAGUUGGGAGUCAGGCUGGUGCCAACCAUCCUGGUCCGCAUGUUAAUGCUCCCACUGCUGCCCCAAGAGGAAAUGAAACAGAAGGUGUACAAAGGAAUUCUGGCUCUCAAAAUCAGCAGCCUGGGCAGGCAUUUCCUCGUCUAUCUUUAGCUGAAGGCAUGCAAAUCCCACUUGGAGCAGCAAUAGCAGUUCCUUCGCUUAAUAUGCCGAUUCCGGAUUCUUUGCACACACUGACAGUGUUUAUGAAUCGCAUGGAGUCUGUACUAUCCCGUAAUGGUAAUCAGCCAAACCAAUCACCUGCUGAUUCAUCUAGUGUAGAUUUGCCUACAAAUUCUCGUGGUCAAUCAAAUGUAGAGACAUUGAGCACUGUUGUGCGGCAUACAGAGCGACUAGUUGGCAACCAUGUUACAUCUGCAUUAUCUCGUGUUGCAGGACGCUUGGAGCAAGAAGGGAAUUCAACUGACCCUACAGUUAGGGGGCAAAUACAGGCAGAAUCAGUGCAAUUAGGUCUUGUGAUGCAGCACUUGGGUGCUCAGUUCCUAGAGCUUGGAAGGACAAUGUUGACAUUGCGUAUGGGAGAGUCUCCUGCUGAAUCUUCAGUCAAUGCUGGUCCUGCAGUUUACAUUUCUCCAUCAGGGCCAAACCCAAUAAUGGUUCAGCCUUUUCCUCUUCAAACUUACUCUCUGUUUGCCGGCCCAUCUGUUCAAUCUAAUCCUGGAGGCUUCAGUCCCUUUGGAAUUGGCAGUGCGGCAAGGAAUGUAAAUAUACACAUACAUACCGUUGGUUCUAGAGCAACUAAUGGAGAUGUAGCUCAAGGUGACCAUGCCAGUGGAACUGAUGGUGGUGAUUCUAGUCAAUCUAGGGCUCCGCCUGUAAUAGGUACUACUGGAGUAGCUGUUUCAUCAAGACCUCGUGUUUCUUUUUCUGGUGCGUCACAACUUAGUCAACCUGAGAGUACCACUGUUCAUGAGCAAUCUACCAGUUCUGGUGCUGAAACUGAAGCUAGGAAGUUUGGAGAAAGCCAGAUACGGGGAGAAUGUGAUCAGGUGUCCAAUGAAACUUCUGUAAGUUCAGCAGGAGGUUCUCAGGUAGUGGAUCGCCCUGGUCCUUCGUCUUCUGUUCCUAUUGGACUAGGGAUGGGGGAUUUGCAGCCUAAGAGGCGAGUUAAGCAAUCUAAACCACAGGGAAGAAGUGAUGAUGGUGCAGCUACCUCCAGUCAGAGUGAACAACAGGCUUUGCAAUCUCUUGCAGCACUUUCGGCUAGGAGGACCGAGGGUUCCCCACCUUUAGGACAAUUUUCUCAUUUGGGCUCUGGAGGAAAUGGCCAACCUGAUAUUUCAAAUAUGAUGUCACAAGUUCUUCAAAAUCCAGCUUUAAAUGGUUUAUUGGGUGGAAUCUCUCAACAAAGUGGUCUUGGUUCCUCCGAUGCCUUGAGGGAUAUGUUGCAGCAAUUUACCCAGAACCCAGCGAUGAUGAAUACCGUCAACCAAAUUGCUCAACAGAUUGAUCCUCAAGAUCUUGGAAGCAUGUUUGCCGGUUUUGGUGGUGCAGGCCAUGGUGGCGGUGGCAGUGGCGGUGGCGGUGGCGGUGCCAUCGAUCUUUCCAGUAUGUUUCAGCAAAUGAUGCCACUUGUUUCUCAAGCUCUUGGUGGUGUUCCAACCUCGGCCCAACAAGCUCCUAGAACGGAAGUCAGAAUAAAUGAGACUGGUACGAGUAGAGAAGUGAUGCCAACCAAUCAAAAUACUCAGAUUGGACUACAAGAGGUGGCCCAAAGAAUCGAACGCCACAGUCCUCCCGAAGAUAUCUUCCGCUCCAUAGUUCAAAAUGCUGCUCACUUGCAUCGCAAUGGAGGUAGCGAUGAGAACCUUGUGAAUGGCUUGUGCAGUACUGAAGGCCUUGCAAAUGAAUUUAUGGAGGUCCUUCAGCGCGACAUCUCCAAACGUGUUAGGGAUGAAUCAAAGCCCCCAAGGAAGCCUUCUUAGUGUAGUUGAAUCAGAUUUAUACAUACCAUUAUGCUGAUAUAUUAUAUAUAGGUAUGCAGUAUGCUUUUAUUCCUAGUUUAAAUCCAAAUUUUUUGUGUAUUGAUUUUUUUUUUUUGGGGGGGGGGGGGGGGGGGGGGGGGUCAAAUUCAAGCACAAAUUUGGACAUACACUCGACUAAUUUGAUUUGUCUGUGAUUGUGCGAAGGUAGAUAUUUUUUUUAAAAAUAAUUAAUAUGCAAAAUAUUUAAAUUGAGAGAAAAA